AUGAGCUCCUUCCUCGAGUACCCCGUUCUCGGCGGCGAGGCGGGAGGCUGCGCCGGGCGCGCCUACCACCCCGACCACGGAAUUACAACUUUCCAGCCCUGCGCCGUCAGCGCCAGCAGCUGCAGCGGAGAGGACCGCUUCCUGGCGGGCCGCGGGGUGCCCAUCAGCCCCCACCGCCACCACCACCACUCCCCGGCCCAGCCUGCCGCCUACCAGCACCACGGCGGCCUGGGGGUGUCCUACGCGCACCCCGGCUGCGGCCCGACCUACGGCGCGCAGGGCUUCGGACCGGCGUACGGUCCCUACACCCUGGGGCAGGACGCAGAGCUGGGCGGCGGCUUCCCUCCUUGUGCCCCCGCCGUGUACUCCGGGAGCAUCUCCUCCUCCGCCGCUGCGCAGCACCCGCACCAGGGCUACGCGGGGGGCCCCGCUCAGUACGUGCCUCCCCCUUACGGGCAGGAGCAGCAGAGCCUGCCCCUGGGCACCUACAACCAUGCCCUGUCUCCCCUCCACGCUGGCCACCGGGAAAACGCCCGCUCCCCCUCCGCCGAGACCUCGUCGCCGGCGCAAACCUUCGACUGGAUGAAAGUGAAAAGAAACCCACCCAAAACAGGCAAGGCUGGCGAGUAUGGCUUCGUGGGGCAGCCCAACACCGUCAGAACUAACUUCACCACCAAGCAGCUCACCGAGCUGGAGAAGGAGUUUCAUUUCAACAAAUACCUGACCAGGGCCAGGCGGGUGGAGAUCGCCGCCUCCCUCCAGCUCAACGAGACGCAGGUGAAGAUCUGGUUCCAAAACCGACGAAUGAAACAAAAGAAACGGGAGAAAGAGGGGCUGCUGCCCAUCUCUCCUGCCACCCCUACGGGCUGCGAGGAGAAGGCAGAGGAGUCAUCGGAGAAGUCCUGCUCCUCGCCCUGCAGCGCCUCGCCCGCCUCCUCAACCUCGGACACGCUCGCUGCCUCCAACUGA